UGUCCAGUAUUUGCCUGUUCUAGCCCAUGUAUUAUCUAUACACAUGGCGGCUAAUUCGGCGAAGACAGGAGCGUUCACUCAGAUCAAGGCAGGGGGGGGUAAACUCUAAGAUCAAUGUUCCUCAGGUAUGUCCUCCAAUCUACAAAGGUGUUCUUGCAUCAUCUCCUCAAAGACAAGUCAUUCAAGAUGCACACAAGGGGUAUGUUAUUUCUAGAAUUUUUAAAAAACCAGUUUCUGAGCUUCCCUAUGCUCCUGCACCCAUCACGAAGCGUCAGCCACAUCCUAAUCCCUUCUCAUGUCGUUUCGUUGAUCUUUUUGACAACCGCCAAAAUCCAAAGAAACCCCUACUUUUUCGUCCUUCUCAUCCUUUCAAAACAGUCUAGGGCUUUCUAAACAGGCGGAGAAUUCUGAUCAAGGCUGGAAAACAGUCUCUUACAAAAAGAAAGUGAAGAAGAUGGAUAAUAAACUGUGGCGUCAACCUUUCCCGGCGGAUUACAUGGAUCCCAAGCAAUCCCGUCGUUGCUUUAAUUGUGGUGAUGAUCGUCAUUCUGUUAAAUUUUGUCCGAAGGGAGCUUUUAUCUGUUUUAAUUGCCAUGAGGAAGGCCACAUUGCUAAAAAUUGCAGAUCACAUCUCAGACCCUCAGAGAAGAAGGUAGAUCUUUCUGCUUCGCAAACCCUUUGCAACAAUUCUAAAGUUCUUGCCACCUUUGCUAUUCUUACUAUUACAGAGGGUUCACCGUCCUUAGAGCUUAUUAAGGUCAGACUAUCUUCGUUUUUCAAUUGGUCUACAUGGCAUGGCAAAGUAAUUCCACUUGUUAACAAUAGAUACCUUGUGGAAUUCCCUUCUCUUUUCCAACUAUCAGAGUCUGUUGAAGAAAAAGCUCUUAAUUUCGAUGCUUUUAAGGGAUGGUUUGCCCCAUGGAAUGAAAACGUAGGUAUGAAGAAAGUUGAUUCUGCCUUCUAUCAGUGGUUAAAAAUAAAAAAUUUGCCUUUACAUUUUUGGUCCAUUGAUAUUUUAGAGAAGAUCGUUGAAUCAUUUGGUGAGCUAGUCAGAGGAUGCAAAAAUAUAACAGACAAGCUUAAUGGUCAGGAUGUGCGCAUCCUGGUUAAAGUCAAAUCUGCUGAUUGUAUUCCGAAAACAGUUGUUUGUUCAUACAUAUCUCAAAUAGAUUCUUUUACAAGAGAAGUUUCUUUAGAGCUAAUCCCAAUCGGAGCUGGUCAAUUGGGUUCAGAAGUUAUUGAUACACAACUAUCAGCAAUGCAAGCGCAGGGUGACGUUGUUUUAGACUCUAAAUGGGAGGGUCAAAUUUCUAUGCCAAUAGCAGAGCAAAUCAAGAAUGCAACGUUGAUUGAUCAAAAUAAGCAAGCAAAUAAGGAAGUUGAUAAGGGAAAGCAGGUCAUGAUUCAAAAUUCAAACGUGGCGGAAUAUAAGGGAUCUUCUCUAGAGAAAUUCAAGGAAAUCAUUCAAAAAAAUACCACAUCUGUUAUGGAGAUUGAUUCUCAGGAGCCAGGUCAAUUGGAGCGUGUUAAUGCGGUUAUUCAGGACCCAAUCAAGGAAGCUGAAAUUCUUGCUGAUACCGAAUCAACAUCAGAACCUCAUCAAGAUCUUCCAUUUGAUUUGAUUAAACAUUCUUGGAAAGACAAAAUCAUUUAUAUUGAGAAAUCAACGUGGGAAGCAUAUUUUGGCGGAAAUAAAGGAGCUUCUAAUUCAAUUUCAUCAUCUACAUCUUUCCCGCCAAAUUCUAAUCAAACACCUGCUAUUCAAAGCUCUUCUUCAGUUCCACCUGGGUUCUCUAAAAAAAUCUCCUCAUCAUCGGUUGCUCGUGUAAGACGGACCACGUUGAAUCAUAAACAUAGGAGCUUCUUAAAUCAGGCAAUUUCAGCUAAGAAGAUUAUCAGGCCUUCUAAAAAAGUUGCUAAAUCAGGAGCUAAAGCUGAACAAGUCUUGGCCAUGCUUGAAGCCAAUCCUCUACAUGCUUGAAGCCAAUCCUCUACCUAGGAGUAAUGCAGGAUGAUUGUUUUGAUAGUUUGCUUUGGUGGACUUUGGAAUUAUGUUUUCUUGUAAAUAAUCCUUGUUACCUUUUGAUUUUUUGUUAUUUGUUAGACAUCAGUAGUUUAGUUACUUUUGAUUAUAUGUAUGGCUGGCUUUGGUUCUUCCUUAAAUCUGUGUCAACGGUGAAUGACGACAAGGUCCUCUCUUCAUCUUCAUGGAUCUUUGGAAGAAGAAAGUUAUACAUCCCUAAUCACAAGGAACUAAAUCUACUGUUAUCUAACAUAUGGAUACACUUC